CUCACACCCCCACCCAGCAAUAUCCUUCUCACUCGAGUCACUCCCCCAACCCUCCUCCUCGGUUCUCGCUGUCGCCGGCGCCGUCAGCCUGCACCGCUUGCCUCCACGUCUCUACUCGCCGUCGGUAGGCUGGCUCCCCCCUCAUUAACCGCAUCAUUCCCUCACUCCUGCGGACUCCUGCGGGCGCUUGCGUUGCCAAUCAGUGACAGAGGAAGCCAGGAAGGGAGGGAUGUCUUCGUGGGACGACGAGGACACCGCGUCGGCCGCGGCGACCACGGACGUGGAGCUGCUAAAGCGGGCCUGGCGCAACGAGAAGGCCGCGCCGGAGAUCCUCCGCUUCGACUCCCCCCUCGUCUCCCGCGCCCGCGAGCAGAUCCAGCUCCUCGAGGAGACACUCGAAGACUUCACGGAUAACGGCGUCGACGACCUCGUGGUCUCGCUGUACCAGAUGGACCUCGACCGUGCACUCUUCCUGCUCCGCUCGUACCUCCGCCUCCGGCUGCAGAAGAUUGAGAAGUACAUGAUCCACAUCUCCAAGUCUGACGACCUCAUGAGCCGGCUGUCGCUGCAGGAGCAGCGAUUCGCCAAGAGCUGCACGGAGAUCAUGGAAAAGCAUCUCGAGCAGUCUGUGCUCUCAAAGCUUCCCUAUGGGUAUGACUCCGUAACGAGGCAAUCCUUGUCGAGCACAGAAGAUGACAUGGUUCCAGAGCCUCAGCUUGACACCUUUGUCUUCUGCAAGACCAAGAGCGACGUAGGAGCAUUCCAGCUAGAUGACAUUGGAGAGGAGAUUGUGGAUUUGGUUGCUGACGACUUGUAUGUCCUUCGUUACAAGUCCAUCAAGGGCCUUGUCGAGAACGGACGAAUCGACCUUAUUUGACAUGAACUACAGGGUAAUACUAAGGCUUAAACGGAUCAACUAUCUGUGCGAAAACCUUCAAAAUACUGGUACGGGAGAAAUGAAGUGGUUCAAAUGUAUUAAGCGAUGAUCAGUUAGAAGACUUGACUACCUUGCUUGCAUCAGUAUGUUGCUUUUCUGAACUGUAAACUCUAAACUCAUCUUCAAGAAUCAAAGCUGGUUUCCACAGUUCUCUAUCAACAUAUUGACAACAAUACCAUGAGAAAGGAUGUGUAUUGCAAUUGACAGCUACCCUAACCUUUAUUUGUAAGCUGAUGACAAUAACCCGGUGGUAUAUGUUAGUGAUGGUGAACCGCGAAUGUGUGAUUUCAGUUCUUCUAGGCUGAGCCUAGUGUUUUGGUUCAAGAGAGGCUCUUGAGUAACUGGUUUAUUUUUGGUUCUGUGCUUGACUUGCGGUGUGCAAGUACGUUUGUAAACUCAUUGUUCUCUAAUGAAUGACAGAGCUCCUGCCUUUGUUCAUUGAAAAA